AUGUUCUUCCUCUUCGCAUUCGUGCCAUUGGCUCUCGCUGCCCUCACCUUAGCAUCUCCCUUGUAUUCUCGUCAAGCGUCGGGCCCGUGCACCGGCAUUAGCGGAGGGUACGACAGCAUGUACAACUUCACCUUGGCUGCAUUCAACCUGACGCUGCCCAAUGCGAACUCCACCGGAGCGCCACUCGUCGUUCGGUUCAAUCAGUGGACCGGAAGUGCCACUGCGUCGUACUUCUCUGCGCUUUCAACCUACUACUCGGCGCAUUCGAACAACGAACCCACGCUGUCACUCGUGAAUGGCUCGCUCAUCCCAAGCAACCCAGCGGAUGCUGACGUCUCCUCGACGAACCUCGCCGUCUCCGCGAGCAGCCAGCUGCUCUUCGAGUUCUCCACGGAGGAGUCCGAGCUUCCCGCUCCCAUUCAGAAUUAUUGCAUCAUUGACUCUCCCGACUCCCCGUACCCGAUACUUGCUGUAAACGGCGUCACCGACGCCUUCUCCCUCUGCGAGAGCGACACUCCCUACUACUUCGGUAUACCGAAUGAUGUCAUGUUCCAGGCGACGGAGGACAACGGGCACACCUACAAUUACACAUCCUGCUAUCCCGUCCGUCUGCAGGUGGUGUACGAGCAAGCUUGA